AUGCACCCCUACGAGAUCCUCCUCCUCACCCUUCUCGCCACUCCCACCACCGCCCAUGGCGUAGUCACCCUGGUCCGCGGUGCCAACGGCGUCGACAUGCCCGGCCUCUCCAUCGCCGACGGCACUCCCCGCGACUGCUCCACCAACCGCUGCGGCUCCCAAGCCGACACGGCCAUCAUCCGGGACCGCGAGAUCCGGUCGGGCCAGACAGGCCCGCUCGGCCGCACCCAGGGCAACGGCCCCAUCGACGCCGCCACCAUGGUCGCCGCCUUCAUGGGCACUCGGCGCCGGGCCGUUGUCAACGCGGCGAAUGCGUCCGUCGGCGUGGACGAUGAUUUGGCCGGGUUGCAACGUGAUGCUAGUGGGAGUGCCGUUGCGACGGAGAGCAAUGUUGCGGCUAUGGCUGGCCAGGGGGCGACGUCGGGUUUGCCGACUUGUGCGGAUGAUGGGACGAUUGAGAUGGUCUUUCAUCAGGAUGGCGCUGGCCCCCUUGAUGCUGCCAUUGAUGGCACGUCCGGCGGCACUGACCCGGCGGCGUUCCAGCGCGCUCAGGUGACGCAGGACGUGCCGGGCUUUGGGUUCCAGGGGCUCAGUCUGGCGACUAGCAAGGACUUUCCUCUGACGGUGCAGAUGCCGCAGGGCAUGACCUGUGAUGCGACGGUUGCCGGCGUGGACAAUGUCUGCAUUGUGCGCGUGCGCAACGGCGCUGCGGCUGGGCCGUUUGGCGGCAGUGCUGCCUUCACCAUGAGCGCAGCAGCUCGGAAGCGGGCCGUGGCUUACCGCCUCAAGAAGAGGGCUCAGACCUUCAAGGCCUAA